UGGUAAAAGCAACAGUCCGGGUUGUUUGCUGUAGCGCCCCUCCUAGGUCCCUUCCCGCGAAAUGCACUGUGCGUUUCCGUGAGAGAGAGAGAGAGAGAGAGAGAGAGCGAGCGAGCUAGCUAGCUCUCUCCUGGACCAACAUGGCUGCUGUUUACUCAGAGAAGCAGACCAGGAUGCGAAUAAACGUCGAGAAAGUGUCGUCGGAUAAAGGAAAAGCCUCGUCUCCGGGGAGCAGCGCGGCCUCGGCGAGCUGUGACGGAGAGUUAGGAGUGGGAAGCAGCAGUGUGGGACGCGCUGGAGGAGCCGGCAGCCCUGCACCGGAGGCACCGGAGGCCCAGGAGCCCGCAGCAGCGGCGCCUUUAAGCGCUGCAGUUCCUGAGAUAAGAAUAAAAGAAGAGCCGGUGGAGGAAAGUGAAUAUGUGACGGUGCAUGUGGAGGAUGUCGGGGAGGAGAACUGGGGAGAGCAGUCGGGCACAGGAGCACAUUUCUCGGGCAGAGAUGACCGCUCUGAUGGGGAUUGGCUAUUUUGCUGUGAAGAAAAGAGCGAGGCCUUUGGGAACAAGGAGGCGUAUGUGGAGCAUCGCCGGGAGCACACCCACGAUGGCCCCAUAGUCUGUCUGGACACUGACUCCCAGUGGGACAAUCUGCUUGUUUCUACAGAUGGAGGUUGUCAAACCUUGUGCUGUGCACUAUGCGGUUGCAAAUUUUCAAACUCUAGAGAGUUUUUUACUCACCAGCUCAAACACCGUAAUGACAUCAUUAAACAGGAAUCAAUUUUGGAGACUGGUGAGGGUUUAUCAAAACAAAAAGUUUUUGAGUGCAAAGACUGUGGUAAGACAUACUCAUCAAUUGGCCAGUGCCUUAAUCAUCAGCGUUCACACAAGCAGGCCUCAAAAUCGGUUUUCCAUCAGUUGGCCCAUUUAAAGAAAAAGUCCUUUCAGUGCCCCACCUGUGGCCGCUCUUACUCUCGUGCAUCGGCUCUUGAUGCACAUCGCCGGUGCCAUGAGGAGAAGCUGUUUAAGUCAAGAAACAGUGAAGGGGAGAAACACCUAGCUGAUGAAGUAACAGUUAAAACUGAAGACACUGGUGACACAAGUUCUGAACAGUUAGAGGAGUCUCCAAAAAAACUUUUUGAGUGCUUGGACUGCGGAAAAUCUUUUCGCACUAUGUGUGGCCUUGGGACACACCAGCGAUUCUCUGUCAACUGUUCAAGCACUACAGUUAAGGUGCGCGUCAAGCGUUCGUUUGACUGCACUGAAUGUGGAAAGACUUUUCACCGUCCUAUGGCAAUGGCCUGUCAUCAGCGUUGGCAUAAAAGACGAGAGCAGCUCCACGGUAAUGAGCAGCCAUUUCAGUGUAAGGAAUGUGGCAAGGUGUUUACUUCAUUAACAUUCUACAAUAAACACCAACGAUUGACUCAUAGUAAAGAGAUGCCAGCCAAGAGUUUCCUUCAUCAAGUCUUUCAGCUCCAGAAGAAGGCUUUUGAAUGCCAGGAAUGUGGUCGUCGAUUUUCUCGUGCUUCUGCAUUGCAUUCACAUCAGCUCUGUCACACCGAUGUGUUUGGUGACAUUAUGGAGGGGGGUUCUCAAAAGUCCUCUGCUGGACAAACAAUUGUGUCAUACCAGAAUAACCAAGACAAGGCUACUCAUUUUGCCGGAGCCACAGUGUAUUCGCAAAACAUCAUGCAAACCAAUGUUUUACUAAAAGAAUUAAGGCGUGAAGGAACAUAUAGCACAGAAGAUCAUAAAGCAGAAGAUGAUUUUAAACCUGUCGUCAUAGCAGCUUCUGAUAGUCAUAGGCAUGACCAUGGCUCCCAACAAAACCCUGAUCUUGAGUUGGUGUGUGAAUCAGACCAAGAGGAAAAAGACUUUAAUUUGAACCCAUGCAAAGAAACUGUACUCUUUUCUCAGCCAGUAGAUCCAGAGAUUGAUGUAAACAUUGUACAGAUAGACUGUGUGAAUUUCAGCGAGGGAUUAGGAAACACAGAGAUGGACCAAAGUCCUUCACAAGAGGCUAAGAAGUAUGAAUGCUCAGAGUGUAAUCGGACAUUUGAUAAGGCCGUUUCCUUGCGCUGUCACAUGUUAUGGCACAGAGGAGGAAUGGGGAAAAAAUCACGUUACCGUAGAAAAAUUCACAUAGCAAAUCCCAUCAGGAAAGUUGGGAUGAAAUGUGAGAUUUGUGGCCAUGAAAGUUUCACCAAAGCUUCUCACUAUGUUCAUUUGGGAAAACAUGAAGACAGAAAACCCUACAAGUCUAUUAUGUAUCAGCUUGCAAAUCUGCAGAAAAACAGCUUCAAAUGUGACGUAUGUGGAAUGCAUUUUUCUCGCCUCUCUGCUCUGCAGUCUCAUCAGCAGCAUCACAACAAAAUGAAGAAACCUUAUGAAUGCUUACAGUGUGACAAAAGUUAUUCAAACCUCAGUACUCUGUACAACCAUCGGAAAGUUUGCAGUGGUAAGGAACCUCUUAUCACCAAUUCUCACAAUGACGAAGACAGAAAGACAGAGCAGUUUAAUCCAAGUAAGACACUAUUGGGUCCUAAAGUUCAUCAUUGUAAAAAAUGUGGGAAAGGGUUCUGGUCUAUGGGAGCCUUCUUUCAUCAUAAACAGUAUCAUCCACAAUGUGCCAAUAACGCUAGCAGUUCAGGAGACACCCUUAAAUCUGAAAAUGGACACGUAAGACGCAAGAGACGAGGUCGUAAGAGAGGUAUGAUGAGCAGUCACAAUCGUAAACCUCGCGUAAUGUCUGAUCGCAUCAAAUCAAAAUUGUAUAAAUGUGAUGUUUGCGAUAAGUCAUAUCGUGUUAUUGGCUGCUUUCUUAAACAUAAGCUUAUCCACCAAAACCAAGGUACCCCACCUCCAGUAAAGUCAUUUGACUAUCAGGUUAAACAAUUGCAAAAGAACAUGUACAGUUGUCCUGACUGUGGGAAAAACUUUUCUCGUGCUAUGGCACUUCAGUUCCAUAUGAGAAGCCAUGGCUAUGAAACAGGCCUUCCUGUGGAAAAAACAAAGUUGUCCAACAAGUCUGAUGGAUCACAGUGCCCAAUCUGCCAUAUUGUUUUCAAUUGUGAGACAUCAUUAGAAAUUCAUCAAAAACACUGCAUAAAAGCAAAAGGGGAACAGAUGGAAAUGUGUCAAGAAGAGAAAUUGGACAAUCUCAGUGCGCCCAAAGAAAAUAAAAAUGUACAGAAACAGACAUGUGAAGAUAUGAAAGACAUGUCUGAAAAAGUACUCAAAAUACCAUCUGUUACAUCUGACAUGAAAUAUGCAUGUGAUGACUGUGGUAGAAGCUUUUCUGUUGUAGGUGCACUUAAUUUUCAUAAAAGAAUUCACCGUAAAGCUCCCAUUUCCAUGGAGUCACAGUCUGAAUGUGUAAAUGUUUCCCCCAGCAAACUCGAAGAACCAACAGCCAGGGCUCCGUUUUAUUGUACAGAAUGUGGGAGGAAAUUUUCUACAAAUUCUGCCCUCGGUACACACCGGAGAUGGCAUAAAGACAAGAAAUUGGCCAGAUUUAUAUUAAAGAGUAGUAAAAUGUCAAGGAAAAAUAUGGAAAAUGGUCCUUUUUUAUGUAACUUGUGUGGGAAGGGAUUCUUCUAUCUGUGUGUGCUCCGUCGGCACCAGAAAUAUCAUCCACCAAUUGUGGCCCAGCCUGACCCAGAACUAAAUCUUAAAAUUACCGAACUUCUCAGCAGUGCUUCUCCAAAGAGCAGCUUAGACUGCCCAGACUGUGACGCAUCUUUCAUUAGUGGAUCUCUCUUAGCAGCCCACUUUGCCUCCCAUCAUGCUAAGCCAUCUGAGGUUGAAACUAAGCAACAGGUAUAUGAGCCUCCCCUUAGUGUACAAGUGUCAGAUAAACCUAUUAUACCAAUCGCAAGUCCACCCACAGCUACAACCUUGGCAGUUGGAGGAGACAAACCAAAGAUAAAAUACCACUGCCUCCAAUGUAACAAGAAAUUCGUAAAUGCAAGAGGUCUUCGUGCACACAAAUGGCAGAAGCACAGGAGGACCAGAGGACGACCACCAGCAAGCAUGAAUGGAGGCAUAAAACCUUUUCCUUGCUCACGGUGUGAGAAGCGCUAUGGAUCGCAAGGAGCCCUGCAGAACCAUCAACGGUCCUGCAAUGCAAAUAAUGGAAGUCUGAAACAACCAUAUAAACCAGAUGUAAUGGAGGAGCAGCCGUUACAGCAUAGGCCUUUAGAGUCCGGUACAAAGUGCCUUUUCAAAUGUCAUAAAUGUGGUAAAGCGUUUCCCAGUGAGAAGCAGCUGGAUGCCCAUAAAGAGGCAGCAAGGACACGCCCUCACUGUUGUGCACUAUGCUGUCGUGGCUAUUGGACUGAAUCUCAGCUACAGCAGCAUCUCAUUUGGCAUGAUGAAAUACGGCGACGUCUCCCAACUGAACUUCGUUACAGGCUUAAUAGCUCUGUAGGGUCGGGAUCUUCAGCUAAAUUCCAGAUCUCAAGCACAAACCUGGUAUCCCCAGCAAAACUACCUUCAACUGCUACUAAUUUGCAGAUGGACAGAAAUUACAAAUGUCACCAAUGCAGCAAAAUGUUUUUUUCCCCACAUGCACUUGAGGAACACCAGGCUCUCCACAAGAAUGAGGAGCCUUAUCGUUGCUCUCUUUGUCCAAAGACAUUUUCUGAGAUCAAAGAUCUCAUUGAUCAUCACCAGGAGUGUUUGGGUGAUAAAGAAUUAGGAGCCACUCCUUUACCUGCUUCUUCUCGAGAUACAGAGAGCCUGACAUGCAUUGAGUGUGGGAUUUCUUUCAGUCAGGAAACAGACUUACAUCAGCAUUACAUUGAUCAUGCACGUGGAGAGUUCUGAAAGUUUUGGGUUAAUUAGCCUGAGGUAGUUGGAUUACAAAUUUCCUUUACUCUGCUUAAAAAAAUAUAUAUAAUUACUCUAGUUUUAGCGUGUGCAGAUGAAUUGGCUCCAUUAGACUGUAUAAAUUAUAUUAUAGCCUGUUAUGUGACAUUUGCUGCACUUAAAACAAUAGUUGUCUCAAUGCUGAGAAUUUUUACAUAUGCUCAGUUUUCAGAAUGGGAAGUAGGGGCAAAGUGAAAAGUAGUUGUAAUCAAACAUUUUCAAGCUUUGGUGAUCAUUUAAUGAUAAGUCUGAAAGAAGAAGAAGCCUGUCUUGUAAAUGUUCCAAACGCUGUUGCUUACUUUAGUUAUUCAGCAAGAUAACUCAUUAUGAUAUUAAAUAAAAAGUAGAUAUAUUAUACAUCCGAAGUCUAGUCUAUGAUAAUUUUUUAAAGCUUGUGGCAUUGAACUGAAACAGCAAUGUUUGGAAUUAACAUAUGGAAUGUGCCCCUUUAUUUAGAUGUGAAUAUAUAUGUAUAAUUUUUUUGGUCACCUACACACAGUGGUGGUCUUGUCGUCUACUGUAUAUAAUUAAUUGGUUUCACUAGCUUUUAUGUUUUGAUAAUCCUCCUGGAGAUUAAUUAGAAUUAGCCUUGAAUCAGCCAAACUGUUUGGUGAAUUUCACUAGCUUAAAUGGUGAUAAAUGAUGAAUUCAUUUUGAAGUGAUCUGUUUGAACCAUUUCAACAUAAUUCAUUGGAUAUUUAACAGUGGAAUUCAUUAUGAUGAAAUGUUUUGACCCUUUUUGUAUUAAAUGGAAAGUUGGCAGGAUUUUUGGGUUACACGUAUCAAGGACACACCUCAUGUGAAUUUACCAGAUGGACCAUGUCUUUGGAGCAACAUUUAGUGUAGUGGUUCCCAGCUGUUGUAAUUAAUUUGCAUUUGUGCUGUGCCUAGUAGCAUAUGCUCACAGUGUUCCAUGUGUGUUCCUACUCAUGGACAGUUAUUUUCCAAUAGCAAUGCUUUUUAUUUCACGACUUUGCUUACUCUGUGGUAAAAAUCUGACAGUACAUACCCAAGUCAUAUAUGUACUGUUUUUACUGAUUAUGCCUUAAAGCCUGAACUUAUUUGUUUAAAAAUGCUUUUAAAUUAUUCAUUGCUCAAUCAUUUUUAUACAUUGGUUUCUUGUUCAGUAUAUUCAUCGUUUGCCAUGAGUAAGCAUUAAAAUGAAUGUCGAUAUGACUGCCGAUAUCUUUUCUUAAAGUGAUUACCUGUAUGUAUUUAGACCUGACUUUUUUUUUUUCCCCUCCCACAAUGUUGAGUGACUUUAGAACAGCCAUUACUUACAGGGACAAGCAUGAUGUGCAAGGUGUCUUUGUUGGCAAGGAAUUCUGUUGUAAUUAUGUGUAGUGUAUUUAAACACAAGAAAUGAUUCUACGAAGAUGAGCGAAUAAACCUGUGAAUAUGCUACUA